GCUCAUUCAAAUUUCUUCGUCAAGGAAGGUUCUGGUAUACCGAGACUCGUAAGAAUAUUUCAUUUCUGCUACUUUCUGAGAUCUCUGCUACUGAAGUUCAGACUUCAUUCACUCGAUCACUUCAAGAAGCUCUCGUCAAACUUUCCAUUUUCAUCACACCGCUGAAGUUUUACCAUGUCUCAACAAAUCAGCCUCCCAGCCAAACUGAUCAAUGGUGGCAUUGCUGGCAUCGUUGGGGUCACUUGCGUGUUUCCCAUCGAUUUAGCCAAGACCAGACUCCAGAACCAAAGACAAGGCCAGCAAGUCUACAAGAGCAUGAUUGACUGCCUCAUCAAAACCGUACGAACUGAAGGAUACUUUGGCAUGUAUAGAGGAGCUGCGGUUAAUCUUACCCUGGUCACUCCUGAGAAGGCCAUCAAACUGGCAGCGAAUGACUUCUUCAGGUGCCACCUCUCUAGAAAUGGGAGAGGGCUGACCGUAUUUAAAGAGAUGUUGGCUGGAUGUGCUGCUGGCAUGUGCCAGGUUAUCAUUACUACUCCAAUGGAGAUGCUGAAAAUUCAACUGCAGGAUGCUGGGAGGCUCGCUGCCCAGCAGAGAAAGCCAGGCCUGAUUCCUCCCACCAGACUGGCUGCAAACACUGUGCUGAGCCGCUCCUACAACGUGGUCCCCAAUCCAUCAGUCAGAGCCGUUUCUGCAACCCAGAUCGCCAGAGAGCUGCUGCACACUCAGGGCAUUCAGGGGCUCUACAAGGGUCUCGGAGCAACUCUGCUGAGAGAUGUGCCUUUCUCGAUCGUCUACUUCCCUCUCUUUGCAAAUCUGAAUAAGCUGGGCAAACCCUCCCCUGAUGAGGCGGCGCCAUUUUAUUGGUCCUUCAUCUCUGGAUGUGUUGCAGGCUCAACGGCUGCGGUUGCUGUCAAUCCAUGUGAUGUGGUAAAGACCAGACUACAGUCUCUGAGCAAAGGAGCCAAUGAGGAGACCUACAGCGGCAUCGUUGACUGUUUCAGUAAGAUCAUGCGUCGUGAAGGCCCGUCCGCUUUCCUGAAGGGCGCGGGCUGCAGAGCGCUAGUCAUCGCGCCACUCUUCGGCAUCGUGCAGGUCAUGUACUUCCUCGGCGUGGGAGAGUUUAUCAUGAGCCAGACGCAGCUAAAGCUAAUCUCCGACUGAACACACAUUGCUACCUCAGAGCGUGUGGCAGCUACGCAAGAGACUGUACAUUACACAACAGAAGAUAAACAUUAAUCAAGAUGGCGGAGGAGAUGCUGAGAGAACGGCAGCUUCUGCUCUGGUUUGCGUUCCUGUGAGUUUUUAAACCAGCCUUACCGCACUUCCUCUAUGGUUUACAGGCUUAUCUGAUGAGCCGUGCUGAGCCAGCAUUUUGCACUUGUUGGUAAGGGAUGUGUCUGGAGGAGCGAGAGAGAGCGCUUUAACACGUGAUUAUGUUUUCUACAAGCAUAUGUGAAAGUUUCCCCUCAGUGAGGGAGACUGGUGUCGCCGUCAAAGACACCGACUUCUUUCUUUUCUCUCUCUUUUCCAUCUGUUCUCUUUGUACAAACUCUUUUUGUAUUGAAAUCUGUUUCUCACAAUUCAUUUUUGUCUGUCUUUCUCUGUUUUCGUCACUGUUUUCAGUGUCUAAACUUGAAUCGAGUUACUUGAAAUGCUUUUAAAGCCUUCAGAGUUUGUAACUCUCUAGUUUUAGGGAAUGUCAUUGACUAUUCUGUUUGGUACCAUCAGAUGCGCGCACACACACACACACACACACACACUCUUUCUUGUUAUAUUUUAGUUAGUAAAAAGAACUGAUGUGGGUGAAAGUGUGUGAGGUGCAGUCUAAAAUUCAGGAUUAUUUUAAUGACUACCGAAAACAGGCAUUUGAUGCAUAUCGUAUUUAUGCAAGAUUUUGUCACUUUGAAGACAUGCUAUUAUUAUUAUUAUUGUUAUUUUCCAUUACAUGGACCAGUAUGUUACAACUGUAGCUUUCUGGGAUCUUCAACCACCACAGCAUUGGUCAUUUUUCCUGUUUUUAGGUCAUGUGUUUGUCUUAAAGGUGCAGUAUGUAAGUUUGACACCCAGUGGUUAAUCUGCGUAUUUCAUUCCUAGAUUAAAACCGAUCGAUGACACCAACAGGAACGAGUCUGAUUUAAGUCGUGUGCUAAAUAAAUGCAACAGCAUGCAAUAGAAGGAAUAUUUUCAAGAGUAAAAAGUUUUUGUUCCAACAAUCAUCUUAGAAACGGCUUUUAUUUCUUGCAGCUGAACAACAGAAAACUUACAGUGAAUAAAGCACAUGAGGUGUAGCUGAGCUGGUCAGUGUUAAAUGCUAAUCAUGUAAAUUUGAAUGCUAUUUUACAUGACAUUUAUUGCCAUCCUACUGAAAGCAGAGGCAGAUAGUUCACAUCAGAUCUUGAAAAUAAAAUAAACCGUUUGAAAUGGAACUUCAUUUCAAUCCAACAACUAUCAGUGAUUCAGCAUCUACAUUUAAUAAUGUUGUUUGAUCUGUAUUAAUUAGCUUAUAAGCCUUCCCAUUUUGUUGGAGUGCUGUGAGUGCACUAUUCUGUGCUUCUGAAUGGCUGUACUUCAAUUUCUGUUGUGUUUUGUCUGGUGCAAACAAAUUGUUUAUCACUGCAAAUCUCAUCAUGUAGUGUGUUGCUAGGUUACACUGUAACCUGCUCACCUAAUGCCAGUAAUAUUCCUAUUAUUUGCUAAUUAAUAACCUCAUGUGGAACUCUGAAUCUGCGACUCAUUUCGGAGGCUGCUACUGUCCACCGGAGGUCACAUUUUGGUCACGAGCGCAUUCUUUAAGAGCCUUCCAGACUGAAUGUAUGAAAUAAGCUGUUUUCCACCAAGGCAACCCAUGUGCUGAAACAUGAUUGGCCAAACUGGCAUUGGGUGGGUUAAUAAAACCAAAGCAUAGACAGAUGUUCCGGCACAUUACACACGUUUUCAAAGCAGAACAUCUGACUUCAGCAGUGUUUUUCAGCUACACAAGAAUGUUCACUGAGCAUGUUUCUUAAAUAUCUGCAAACAUAUGAUGUUUUUAUGCUUUAGAAGAGUCAAAAACGUACAUACAGCACCUUUAAAUGGACUGAUGGGCAAACUCUUGUCAGUUUGAGGGACCCGGCCUGUUUAUUUGUGUCUACAGUAUUAACAUUAACACAUUAAUUCCUGUUCUGUUGAAAUGGUAAUAAUCAACACUGCAAAAAUAAAACCCAGUCAACUGUG